GGACUGCAGACGUCACGCGUUGCCCCUGACGGCCCCGCCCCCUUGGCCCGCCAACUGGACAGCUGAGCACAGUGAUUGACAGGUGCACCCCUCCCAAUCCAGCCCCAGAAUGGCACUGCCUCCCAGCCCCCUGGCUAUGGAAUACGUUAAUGACUUUGACUUGAUGAAAUUUGAGGUAAAGCGGGAACCCUCUGAGGGGCGAUCUGGCCCCCCAACAGCCUCACUGGGCUCCACACCCUACAGCUCAGUGCCUCCUUCACCCACCUUCAGUGAUCCAGGCAUGGUGGGGGCCACUGAGGCCCCCCGGCCAGGCCUGGAGGAGCUGUACUGGCUGGCCACCUUGCAGCAGCAGCUGGGGGCUGGGGAGGCACUGGGCCUGAGUCCUGAAGAGGCUGUUGAGCUGCUGCAGGGUCAGGGGCCAGUCCCUGUUGAGGGGCCCCACAGCUACUACCCAGGAAGCCUGGAGGAGACAGGAGCCCAGCAUGCCCAGCUGGCGGAGCGGUUUUCGGACGCGGCGCUGGUGUCGAUGUCUGUGCGGGAGCUAAACCGGCAGCUGCGGGGCUGCGGGCGCGACGAGGCGCUGCGGCUGAAGCAGAGGCGCCGCACGCUGAAAAACCGCGGUUACGCGCAGGCCUGCCGCUCCAAGCGGCUGCAGCAGCGGCGGGGGCUAGAGGCUGAGCGCGCCCGCCUGGCCGCCCAGCUGGACGCGCUGCGGGCCGAGGUGGCCCGCCUGGCCAGGGAGCGCGACCUCUACAAGGCUCGCUGUGACCGGCUGACCUCGAGCGGCCCCGGGGCCGGGGACCACGCCCACUUCUUCCUCUGAGUUGCUAGGGGCCGCCGAGUGGUGUAGUAGGUGGGUGGGGGACACCACCUAGAAGGCCACUUUGCCAUUCACUAGAUGGUUACUAGCGCCUUCUGGUGCCAGACACUCUGUUGUAUGACUACAUAAAUAUGCCCGAACUUCCUGGACCCUCAAGGCAUGCUCCGACGUUAGAGGCUGGUCAUUUUCUGGGAGAGAGGUCUUCGCAGGCAGGCAGCAUACACAGCCCUCCACCUCCUGUUCCGCCCCACUUGACCAGGACACUGAGAUCUGGAGGAGCCGGUGCCCGGACUGUUGUGGGGGGCGGGUAAGAAGAGGCGCGGAUGAUAGCUGGGUGACAGUGAAUGGGAGGAGAGGGAGUGGUGUGACUUCCCCCCCAGUUUAGAUUUUAAUUCAAGGUUUUCAACCUGUAGUGCAUUAAGGUGGUAAUUAGCAAUGAAGCAGUAUUUUCAUUCUGAGGCUUGUAAACACCCCAUUUUAAGACUACUGCAUUUUUCAAGAUUUCAAUCACCAACAAGACAGACUAGGAACUCUAUCCAUGAGGCUUUCAUCCUAUCCAACCCAGUGGCCUCCAGGGCCCAGAACAGCAAAGGCCUGAGGAACUGUAGGGGUGGUUGGUGCCGACUGGGAGAGAAUUCUGGGCAGGAGUCUGGAGACCUGGGUGCUAGGCCCAGCUCUGCCACAGGAUACCUCUGUCACCUUGAGAAAAUCACUUGCUCCCUGGGUUUUGGUUACCUCAUCUAAUCCUGGAUUGGAUGACUUCUGACACCUUUCCAGUUCUGGCAUCUCCUUGGUGUAGGAGCCCCAAGAGUCUUCCCAAGAACCCCCCAAGACAACCUCACCAAAGGGACUUCCUGUCCUGCUCCUGCUUCCUGAUUGCAGCCUAGGCGGUGGAUGAGCCCAUGCGCUGCUCCUCUGCUGCUCUCUUCAAGCUGCCUUGGCCUCCAGACCUGCAUAGGGUACCCUUGCUACCUCCUGCCUUGCUGAGGGCUGAGGUGAGCCUUUGCCCAGCAUGACAAGAUGCUGAAAGAGUGUGGUUUUUGUGAAUUAAACUUGAAGUUCAGGCAGAACUUUACACUAUUGGCUAAACGUUCUUGAAAUUUAAGAAGUGUUCAUUCUUUAGCCUGGCUCCUGGUUCCUGUGUGUGUGUGUGUGUGUGUGUGUGUGUGCGUGCACACACACACGUGCGCGCACUGUGUCUCAGUUCUGGAGGCCCAAUGAAAAUGGGGUGGAAGCGUGAGGAUUGGGCCAGAUGGAGCCUCCUCCUCCCACCACCACUGCAUAGAAGCCGAGGAGCAUCAGUGACUGGGCCAGGCCUGCCUAUGGCUAUCCUGAGGUCCCACAGUUGCCAUGGUUACCCAGCCCUUUGGUUCAUCUGCCUACAGAGAGAGUAGGCGGGGGCUCUGGGCAGAGCAGAGGCAUUGAGCUGGGAGCAGCUACCUCACCAGCCACUGUCGUAGGUCCUCUAAGGGACAUAAUAA